AUGGCAAAAGGAUGCAAUAAGUUCAGUAGGAAAAAUUCAAUAAACUUGAGGAAUUUCGAGCCCGGAAAAUUAAUGCUUGAAACGAAGCUUUCGUUCAAGAAUCUAGUUCAAGACAUUAGAAAAUCAGGAUAUGAUGAUGCAAAUGAAAAGGCCGAUGGUUCUACUUAUAAAUCAGUCAGUGCGGUUUCUCUCCCGGAACCUGCUAUAAUGUUUACUCCACGACCUGUUAGUGAGCUUGAUGCCGCUGCCAUCAAGCUUCAGAAAGUAUACAAGAGCUACCGGACUCGAAGAAACCUUGCAGAUUGCGCAGUUGUCGUUGAGGAGCUAUGGUGGAAAGCCUUGGACUUUGCAGCUCUCAAGCGAUGCUCUGUGUCAUUCUUCAAUGAUGAGAAACCUGAAACUGCCAUUUCACGGUGGGCUAGAGCAAGGACAAGAGCAGCCAAGGUUGGAAAGGGAUUGUCCAAGGACGAAAAAGCUCAACAACUUGCCCUACAGCACUGGCUUGAAGCUAUCGAUCCACGCCAUAGGUACGGGCACAAUUUACAUCUCUAUUAUGAUAUCUGGUUCAAAAGUGAAAGUGCACAGCCGUUCUUUUACUGGUUGGAUGUUGGAGAUGGAAAAGAACAAAAUCUUCAGAAGUGCCCACGGGCCAAUUUGCAACGGGAGUGCAUCAAAUAUCUAGGACCAAAAGAGAGAGAAUCGUUUGAAGUUGUGGUUGAAAAUGGGAAGCUUGUGUACAAACAAAGUAGUACCGCUGUGGACACAAUAGAAGGUUCAAAAUGGAUAUUUGUUCUUAGCACGUCCAGAAUUCUGUACGUAGGAAAGAAGAAGAAAGGUCUUUUUCAGCAUUCAAGUUUUCUUGCUGGUGGGGCCAUCACAGCAGCUGGAAGAUUGGUUGCUCAUGAAGGUGUUCUUGAGGCAAUUUGGCCAUAUAGUGGUCACUAUCAUCCAACAGAGGAGAACUUCAGCGAAUUCAUAAGCUUCCUGGAGGAUCACUGUGUAGAUCUUGCUAAUGUAAAGAGAUGUGCAAUUGAUGAUGACUGCCCUCCUUUUAAUAAGGAUGCCAAUGAGGAAUCAAUUCCAAGACCAUCAUUAGGUUGUUCUGAAGCCAGUCAAUCGAAGGACUCGAGCACUUCUGAUGUAUCUGGCCGAGCCCAGGAAAUAGAAAUUAUAUGCGCUUAUCAAAUGGAUAAACCGGUGUAUAACUUGGAUAAGCACAUGUCCUGCAAAUGGACUACUGGAAAUGGACCACGCAUUGGAUGUGUCCGGGAAUACCCUGCAGAGUUGCAAUUUCGAGCACUUGAACAAGUUAACCUUUCUCCUAGGGUGCCUUGUGGACCUGUCAGCAACUACGGUCCAAUCCCAUCACCAAGACCAAGUCCUAAUGUUCGACUCUCUCCUAGGCUUGUAGGUAUGGGUCUGCCGAGUCCAAGGACCCCCAUUCCAGCAGCUACCUAA